AUGGCAAGCAGUGACCACAUAGUUCUUUUAGAUUUCUUGGGAAGCCCUUUUGGGAUGAGGGUACGACUGGCCUUGGCAGCCAAAGGGAUCGAGUAUCAGAUUGAGGAAGAAGACUCGACCCAAAGUAAAAGCUCUCUACUCUUGAAAUUGGAUACAGUUCAUAAGAAAAUUCCAGUUCUAAUUCACAAUGGGAAGCCCAUAUGCGAGUCCUUGAUAAUAGUGGCAUACAUUGAUGAGGUUUGGAAGGAUAGAUUGUGGACAGCAAACGGAGAAGAGCAAGAGGCUGGCAAGAAGGAAUUCAUAGACAGGAUUAAGUUGUUGGAAGGAGAGCUUAAAUCGAACCCUUACUUUGGGGGUGAGACCUUGGAUUUUCUGGACAUUGCUUUUCUCCCAUUGUACUACUGGUUCCAUACAUUCGAAACUUUUGGGAAGUUCAGCAUAGAAGCGGAGUGUCCAAAGCUGGCGGCAUGGGGUAAGAGGUAUGGAGGAGGAAUUCGUGUACGCCUCUCUACCUCACGGUCCUCAGCCACAUAA